UCGGUGCGCCGCAGAGCGCGCGGCUCUCCGCUGCUCCAAAAGAGUUUAUCUGCGUCCGGAUCCAGAUCCAGGUCCAGGUCCAGGUCCAGGUCCAGGUCCCUGAAGGAUGAGUGUGAUCGAUGAGCGGACGGUCCGGCCCCGCCCCCUCAGUCCUCAGUGAUCAGUGAUUAUUGAUUAAUGAUCGGCAGCUGGCGGAGUGCGUGUGCGCGUGUGUGAGCAGGAGUUCAGCGCGUGGGACCGGCGGCUCCGCACUUUGUUCAUCCAUCCUCCUCCUGCACCGGGAUGAAGACUCCUCUGAGCCCAUCUCAGCUCCUUGACAGUGGGCAGGUCUUCGCUUUCGGAGGCAUCUGUCAUGACUUGAUGAACACACCCACUCCCGCGUCCAUCAGCCUGUCAGCCCAGCAGACUCCGCCUCCAGGUCCGGGUGGGUCCUACUCUCUGUGUGAGGUCUGUAACCUCCAGCUGACGUCCACCGCCCAGGCUCAGAUUCACUACAACGGACGCUCUCACCUGCGCCGAGUACGACAGCUGCAGGCCGGAGACAGGGUGCAGCAGCCGGCAGGUGGUCAGUCCAGGACUCUGCCCCAGACCACAGGACUAGCCCCACCCACAUGCCUAAGCUCCACCCUCAGUGCUUCACCCACUACCGCUGCAGGAAGUGGCUGUGGCGCAGUGGGCGGGGCGUUGCCGGGGCUGGUUGGAACCAGCGCUUCAUCUGUGAUGAUGAAACCGUUCCUGACGUUUCCUGUCGAGACUACUUCGCCCGUUGGACUCUUCCCCAACUUCAACACGAUGGAUCCUGUACAGAAGGCCGUCAUUAACCACACCUUCGGCGUAACCAUGGUACCCAAGAAGAAACAGGUGAUCUCCUGUAACGUCUGUCAGCUGAGGUUCAACUCUGAUUCUCAGGCCGAGGCUCAUUACAGAGGAAGUCGUCAUGCCAAGAAGCUCAAGUCUCAGGAGAACAAGGCAAAGGCCAAGCUGUCAAUCACUGGAGAGACCAAUGGGAGCAGCCCUGCAGGCCCCGCCCUCCCUGUGUCAGCCAGCGGGAGCAGUCAGCACACGGACUUGUUAUCCAGCCUGUCCUCCUCCUCUCCUCCUCUACAGCCCUUCCUCCUUUCCUCCUCCUCCUCCUCCUCCUCUAACAGAGCAGGCAGUGAACCUCCUCCAUCCAGUCCUCCUUCAGCUCUACCAGCUCCGGGCCUCUCCGCCUCUUCUUCCUCCUCCUCUUCUUCUUCUACAUCCAAAGCCUCUCCUCCUCCUCCACCUCCUCCUCUUCCUCCUCCCUCCUCUUCUAGCUCCUCCCCCCUGGUCCCUCCUCCUUCUCCUGCUCCUACUCCCUCCUCCCAUGAUGCUCCUGUGUCGUCGGAGUCUGAGGAGGAGAAGGCGAAGAAGCUGUUGUACUGUUCUCUGUGUAAAGUGGCCGUCAACUCAUUGUCUCAGCUGGAGGCUCAUAACGCUGGGUCAAAGCACAAGACGAUGCUGGAGGCUCGGAGCGGCGCCGGUCCGAUCAAAGCCUACCCCCGACCCGGCGCCAAACUGAAGAACGGCAGCAGCUCCACCCUAAAAGGUUCAGGUCUGCAGAACAAAACCUUCCACUGCCAGAUCUGUGACGUCCACGUCAACUCUGAGAUCCAGCUCAAACAGCACAUCUCCAGCAGGAGGCACAAGGACAGAGUGGCAGGAAAACCCAGUAAACCCAAAUACAGCCCAUACAACAAACAGCAGCGCAGCUCCAUCACAAAGGACUUGGUGAAGCCUCCUCUGUCUCCUUCCUUCCUCUCUUCCCCCUUUGCUCCUCCCUCCUCCUCCCUCACCCCCUCCCUCACCCCCUCCCUCUCUCUGCCUCCCUCCUCUCUGUCCUCAUCUCCUCUCCUCCCCGCCUCCUCGUCUCCUCUCUCCUCGGCCAUCUCUCUUCAUGCUCGCCCUCCGGCUUCCACGUCGCUCUUCACCGCCUCCUUCCUCCGUCCGGCUCCUGGACCAAUCAGAGCCAGCCAAGGGUCCAUCCUCUUCUCGCCAUACUGACCUCUGACCUCCGCCCAGGAAACCCAUCCCCCUCCUCCUUCUCCUCCUCCUCCUGGAUCAGAUGCCUCCACAGGCCUGAUGAGACAAACAAAGAACCAGAACCAGAACUGGAAAAGCUGGAUUUAUUUGUCUGGUCAUGGAUCUCAAACCUUGGAAAAGUGAGGAUACAAAAAGGCGUCAGUGAACAUUGAGGAUGUUUUCAUCAUCUGUCGUUUCCAUGACUACCACGAAAAACUGCUCAGAGACGGAUGACAGUCAUGAGUCUCGGCUUUAAUUGGAGUUAGUUUUGUGUCGAUAUGAGGUGGAAAAUAUGAUGAAAAAGCAACUAAAAAUUAUUAAGAAACAACAAAUCUAUCAGCAAAAUUAAAGGUUUCCUCUAACAUACUCAAUGUUCACAGAAAAAAAUGCAAAAUAAUAUGGUUUUUUUUCUAGUUUUUACAUGUUUCUCUUUUAAAUUGAGUUUAUUUUAAGACAUAGGUUGAACAUCUGUCUGUGAUGAACUGACAUUAUGAUCAACAGGUCCAGUCCGGCUUACAGCAUGAAUUUGGGAAAUGCAACAGUUACACUGAAGAUAUUAACUCUUAUUUUAGUUCAGGUUCCACAUUCAGACCAAUUGAAUCUAAAGUGGGUCAGACCAGUAAAAUACUAUCAUAAUAACCUAUUUCAUUCAGUAAUUUAUUUUAAUAAGUGAAUUUUUCUCUGAAUUUGCUGUAAAAAAGGUAAAAUUACAUGAAUACAUUU